UCUUCGUCGUCAGUUUUUAUUCAAGAUGGCGAACGUACGGGACAGCGACAUUUCCCUGUGGCUGCACAAUAAGCUUGGUACCUCGAACGACUCCUGGAUUAGCGGUUCUAUCAUAUCACAGCUGAACAAGGAAGUGCUCCGGAACAUCAAGGAGUGUUUUCCGGAUCUUCAGACGCAGGUGAAGCUGAAACUUCUGCUCAGUUUUUUCCACAUCCCGCGGAGGAUUGUCGAAGAGUGGAAAACCGAACUCGAGGAGGUCAUUGAAGUAGCCGGACUGGACUCGGAACUAUGGGUCUCGAUGGUGGCGGAAACGAUCAAAACUAUGCCGACGACCGGUUCUCUGAAUACGGAGAUUUCCGACUACGAAGAAACGCGACCCAUCUUUACCGAUAUGGUCAACGAGCUGCGCCGUUUGGUGGUCAAGAAUGCGGAUCUCGGAUUGUUGCCUCUGGAGUGUCAGUAUCUCAACAAAUCGGCUCUCGUGUCCGUUGUGGGGCAGCAGUCGACCCCGGUUAAGCAUUUUACGCUGAAAAGGAAACCCAAAAGUGCCAAUUUAAGGGCAGAGCUGUUGCAAAAAUCGUCGGAUGCUCAGAGCUGUCUGAAAAAGAUUUCAGCUCCGACAGUGCCUUUGAGAUCCCGUGGAAUUCCACGAAAAAUGACUGAUACUACUCCACUAAAAGGAAUUCCGUCGAGGGUUCCCACUGGAGGAUUCCGAUCGCCACCCUCUUCGCAGGGACAAAACCGACCAAGUUUGAGUCGAACACCAGCAGGACGCAAAGAAGGUGGUGUUAAAUUGUUGGAAAUUGGGGAGCAACCAUUGGGCUAUGCUGCUGCCAAAAAAAGGAAACGUGAGCAGGAAAAGGAAGAACAGCAGAAAAAGGCGGCCGAGCAAGCCAGCGCGCAGGCUAAUCAGGAUGUUAAACCAGUGUUAACAACACCCAUAUCGUCUACUGUUCCUACUACAACGCCUGAUUAUGCUGCUGGAUUAACAGCCAGUACAGUGUACAGUCAGCCAGCAACACCUAUGCCGGUAACUCCCGUGAAGGAUACAGCUGUAACAACCGUAACUUCACAACCCGUUCAGAUGGUACAACAACCUGUAUUACAGCCGAUUGAAGUUAAACAAGAAAUCAAACAAGAGAUAAAACAAGAGCCAUUGCUCAGCAGUCCACCUUCACAGCCGCUCACCAUUGUAUCCUCAUCCAUUCAACAGAACACUGUUCCUCCAGUUCCACCUCUUGCCUACACAACACCUCAACCGCAAAAAAUAACUAUCAAAUCGGAGCCCCGGGUUUCCGUUCCGCAGUUGGCAGCCGUUUCAAGUCCACCGUCAUUGGUGCGAACAGUUACGCUGCCUGCAAGUACCCAAAUAAAGACACAGCAACAGCAGCUUCCGGUAAACUCCAACACAGUACAAAUGAUUCAACAAACAUCAACCGGAGGAACAAUCGUCAACAAACCAUCAAACCCCCCGAAAAUCGAAAUCAUUUCAUCCAAAACUAUUCAACCGGGUACAAUCCAGACUUCGAUUCCCAAAUCAACCACCAUCAUCAAUCAGGGAGGAAACAUUCUUUUCACCACCAAACAGGUGCAACCAAACACAAGUGUGGCGAAUGCCUCUGGGGCAACCAUUAUUCAACAGAAACCUGGCUUACAAUCGUACGUGCUAAAUACUUCACCGCCAGGAAAGCAAAUCAACAUCCAAAGGAUAAUCUCGAAUGCAAGUGCUGGAGCCACCCCUACUCUAACAACCACUAUUUCCCGGGCGCUCCACCAACAGCAGCUUCUUCAGCAACAGCAAAAUCUGCAAGCUCAACAACAAGUUCAGCAACAGCAGCAACAACCCACCACCCCAACCCGAAUUGUGCAAAUCAAAACGGCACCAACAGUAUCGCUAAACAACAGUCAACUAAUGCAAAAUAUCCCGCCGCUGAUUUCAACUCAGCAUCCCAAUACCGGUGCCCAACCGACCAUUCUUAACAUUCAACAGGUACAACAACCACAACAAGUUCAAAUCCAGCAACAACCCACUACGCCACAAAAGCGAACCAUUACCAUAACGGCCCAAAAUCCGCAAAACAAUAAUAUGAUAGCAACUUCCGUGGCCCAGAUUCUCCAGCAACAGCAGCUUCAACAACAGCAACAGCAACAACAACAACAGCAGCAGCAACAGCAACAACUUCAAACAUCCUCGAUUAUUACCGGAAGCACACAACAACCAAAAUACGCGCAGGUCGUUAUGUCUCCGAAUGUGAAGGGCAAAACCAUAUUCCUGACCAAUUCUUCCCAAAUUCCCAAUGUCCUUAACCAGAAGGGGGUCAUCCUGCGCACGGUAGAUCAGUCCGGCAAUACCGUCUACCAGCAAAUACCGCUACAAAAUGUUUCUGGCUUAAGUGGAGCGAGCAUCUUGACCUCAGCCAGCGGUCCUCCAGGCUUAGUUAAAUCUGAACCCGACAACACGAAACAGCUCAGUCAAAUCCCGGCUCUUGUCCCAACGAGCUCCCUGCACCAGAACAUCCCUGCUCUCACGCCGGUCGUUAUCCAGCCGGCACAACAGCAGCAGCAAACUUCCACCAUUCCGGCGCUCAUUACCAACCUUUCUCAGCAGCAGCAGCAGCAACAGCAGCAACAACAACACCAAGUCAUUCAACAGCAACAAAUCAAAACGUCUCCGCAAACGAUGACAAUUAUUCGACCCGUUGGUGGAAAUCAAAACGUUCAAACGGUUCUACCACAAGGGUUAACGCUGAUCCAGCGACCCGGUCAGCAGCCGCAGCUACUGCAGACGUUGCAGCAACAGGGCAACCAGCAACAGCAAGCUCGAACAAUCAUCACCCAGAUUCCCCAACAGCAGCAGCAACAGCAGCAUCAAACCCAGAUACUACACCAGCAGCAGCAGCAGCAAACCAUCGUGCAGCAACCGCAGCACACGAUACAGUUUCAGGCGGCGGGGACACCUCGUGCCGGUGGCACCACCAUUCAGUUGGUCCAGCAACCCCAACAUGAGCGCACCACAAUUGUUCAGCAGCAGCCCCAACAGAUUCAGAUACAGCGGACCCAGAUCGCCCAACAGCAGGGUCCUACAGUCACCAUUCAACAGCAGCGGGCACCGAACACCAUCAUCGGUCAGCCGCAGCAACAGGUUCAACAACAGCAAGGCGCUCGGAAAGGACUAUCGCUAUCGAAUAAACAUGUUAUGGAAGCGCAUGAUAUGUUCAAGCGGGCUAACCGUGUAACUCGCCUGGAGAAAGCUCUGAUCCUCGGCUUUAUGGCAGGCAAUCGAGAAAAUCCACGACCAAACCCUGAAAAUGUCGUUACCAUCAAGCUGAACGAGAUUGAGGAAAAGGUCAUGAAAUCGGACGAAUCCCAAGCGUUGAUGCUGGUCGAAUCGCUCAUAACCCUGGAUUACAACACCGGCGAGUGGAAAACGUUCCGUAAAUAUCGCGAGUUAGAUCCAGCCCAGCAACACAACACCAGCUUAGGGGCAACCGGAAGUACAGGAGCGACUGCUGGUCAGCAACAGAAUUCGGUGGUUAUUUAAUGUUUAGCCAAGCAGCAACCGGAAACCCCGAAGUCCAAGGCAGUCGGCUCGGGAAAGGGUAGGCUGCAGAGAAAGUCGAAAGCGUGAUAGUGUGCAAAAUAGGAUCUAGUAAAAGGACACGAAUUUGAGACGGUUUUGUUAUCAAUCGUGAAUGAACCCAGACAUUAGUGGGAAACGUGUGCUGGCAGUCGAAUGUUUUGUAAAUAUUUGGUCCGCGAUUUACGUUUUCAUACUUAUUACAUUAGAGGCAAUAUCGAUACAGCUACUGAGUCUUGCUAUAUGUUGGUUCAAAGACAUAUAAUGCAAACAAGCAAACAAAGAUAUAUUUUCUAAUUCAUCUCAUGAAAUAAAAUAUUUUGUGUAGCAAACAAUUGUGGUUAUUUGUUUCAAACAUUCAAUGCUAAAUUAUAAAGAUAAAAGUUUAUAAUGCUGUAAAGAUGAUGUCUGAACCGAUCAACUGCUCUAAAUACCCUCGGUUCAAACAUACAAUGAAGCCACUAAACAAAAAAUUAUCCAGAAAAACCAAUGGAGGGUUAGAAAAAAACUUUGUCAAGUACCCAGUACAGAAAAAAAACAUAUUAUACACCGUUAUUGUUCCGCUUAUAGGAAAGAGCCCGUUCUAUGCAACCAACAGUAUCACAAAGCUUGACACGACUGGCCUAGCCAGGGGUGAAGUUUUUGGCGUUGGAAGAAAAGGGAAAGCUAAAUAUAAAUGCUAAUAGUAAUGUGGAGUAGUUGAAAACAACAAUAAAAACAAACAUGUAGAGAGUGCACUUGUUGAUUCUAAGGUAUGGAAAUUUGAAUAAGACCAACCCAAAUUUUAGCACUAAAAAUGUGUAGGUAGGUUAGGAGAGACAGGAGAGCAGUAAAUUAAACAAAAAUCAUUUCGCAGGUCGAUAAAUUGCAUAAAACAUUGGCUACAGUGGAUUGAUGGAAGAUCAAUGUGCUUGAAUCUAUACUAUUGUGUACACCACUAGGAACAAAAGCUAGCGCAUCAUUGCUAAAAUAUGCAAGUUUUUUUUCUACCUUAGACAAAUAUCGGAAUUGUUCUAUAAAAUUAACUGGCACUGUUCUAGAAGGAGAAUACAAACGGAAGUUAAUAUUACAAAAUAAUUGAGGUAAUAUUGGUAAGCAUAUUAUUUUACCCUAGGAAAGUAUCAUGUGGAUGUGAAUAUUCCAGAAGCAGCAUAUAAAGUGCUUGAAAAUAAUGUAGAA